AUGCUCGAUCCAAAGUACGCCAAGUCCGAAUUCAUAUCUCGGGGACCUUUGGACCCGGCCGAAGCAAAAUGGGCAAGACUAGUCAAGACAACAUACCGCGAUCCUCUGGGCGUCGAGAGGACCUGGGAGUCUGGUGAGCGUCAGACCAGACCUGCAAACUGUCCCAUCGAUGGCGUCGGAAUCGUGACUAUCCUCAACAAAUCUACCGGUCCAGAACUUCUCCUGCAGAAACAAUAUCGGCCCCCGAUUGAUAUGGUUGUCAUUGAAGUCCCUGCCGGUCUCAUAGAUGCGAAUGAGACACCGGAGAUUUGCGCGGUGAGGGAACUCAAGGAGGAAACGGGCUACGUGGGUGUAGCGGAGACGACGAGUCCGGUUAUGUAUAAUGAUCCCGGGUUUUGUAAUACGAAUCUCAACAUGGUCCAUGUCCAUGUGGACAUGUCUCUGCCAGAAAACCAGAAUCCGAAGCCGCAGCUCGAAGAUAAUGAGUUCAUCGAGUGCUUUACCCUUCCGCUGGCCUCGUUGUUUGAGGAACUGAAGAAGCUUGAGGCGGAGGGCUAUGCGAUUGAUGCGCGUGUGGGGACAAUAGCGGAGGGCAUCGAGCUCGCCAAGAAGUGGCAUCUUUAA